AUGUUGCCUGGCACCCGUUAUUUAGCCUCUGCUGAUGGAGACAACCAUUUUCCGCUACCUAUUUUAUGCAAUCUGCAGGCGUUGCUUACCACUUUGAAGUCUCCACUUGAAUCGAUAGAAAUAACUGCUUUUGCCCUCCUGUUGGUUGGACUUUUGUCCACCUUCACUUCGUUUACUCUCACCUCGAAUAGCCGGUCCACUUUUUCCCAACCCAGCCUCGUCUUGCCUGCCUCCGACAGUUUUACGCCAAAUCCUCCCUUCUCGCCGAUUCGCAUCCUCUCUUCCCACCGGCCAUGCCUUGGGCCCCAUUUGCAUAAUCCGCCCUUGCUUUGGAACUGCCAACUUGCCGAUCCCAGUCCUUCGCUCGUCCUUGUCCAAUAUCUGUUCGCCAAUUCGGCGACUCUCAUCUUAAGCCGUUCACUGUACACUGAGCCAACUGUCCCAUAG